AAACCUUUACCACGUAAAUAAAUUUUAUGAAUAUUUCAUGAAACCUGUUUUUAUUUUAAUGUUUCUCCACGCAUUGUUAAUUCUGAAAACUAAUAAUCAGAUUUUUUUCUCUCCAGCUGGUUCAGGUUUUCUAAGGUCAUGGGAAUCUCUCUUAGUUGGAGGUGUUGGUGCUGUGCUUUUGAACAUAGUUCCUCCUUACAUGGACAAAUACAUAAUUGACAAUCCUGUUGGUGCCGUAGCUGUGCAUGCCAUGGGUGGUCUAUGGGGAAAGAUUGCAGUUGGAUUAUUCAUUGAUGAUGACUUACUCAAUCUUACGCACAGUCGAAGUGGACUACUGAAGGGCGGUGGCCUGUAUCUGCUGGGAGUGCAACUAUUGGCAUGUAUUGCUGUCAGUCUCUCUAGCAUGAUCACUACAUAUCUUAUAUUUAAAGGAAUCGAUUAUUUUGCACCAAUUCGUCUGGCACCACCCGAAGAAAUCCUUGGAGCAGAUUUUGUUGAGCACGACGUCCGCCACAAAGGUUAUAAGUACGAAGUGAUGAUGACAGAAUUGGCAAACCUGGGAUUGAAACUCCGACAUCCUCGAAUCCACAAUCCACCCAGGAGUCAGUGGGAUGAUCAUCUAAUCUAAUCCUACAGUACAUUGAAAAAAUUCUCAACAAAAGUGACACCUCAACAGUGGACCACCCUUUGCCUGACAUAACAAUCGAUCUUCCUAUCUCGACUGGAGAACAUUUCCUCAUAAGGAGCGAUUGAAGGACAGAUGGAUGCUAUUUAUCUUAAUUUAUUAUCUAUUUGCCAUAAAAGAAAAUACUUGAAUUUUACGAGAAAGGAUAACAGACCUUUUCAAUGAUAUUAGAAAUAUGUGAGUUCUUGAAAAGAUUCAGAGAUGAGCCUCGGAAAAGUGGCAAAUAUGUAGUGGAUAUAGUAGUUUUUUUUCAACCGGUCAAGUGUGUUUAACGAGAAUACACGUCGUAUAGACGUCGUUUAAAAUAAAAAAAAUUACCAUGGAGUAGUCUUGGCAUUUCAAUAAAACACAACUAAAAAAUUA